AUGAACAGCCGGUGCAGAGGCUUUGCGGCAAGCGCUACUAGAGCCCUGGGCGUCCUGGUGUUGCUGCAGCUUUUCUGUCCAGCGCAUUGCUCACGACAACAACUCCAGACCUGGCCCUCGGACCAGGAUCAGUCGAUAGAGGCGAAAGUUGCCCGGCUGGCCAUCAGCCACGGCACCGAGCUGAAUGGCUUCCAGAUUGGGCAGGAGUGCCCCACCUGCCUGCGCGGCGUGAUUGCCACCAGGGACAUUGCGGAAGGCGAGACCAUCCUGUCGGUGCCUCUGUCCCUGGCGGUGCGCUUCAGGGACGAAAAUCCGUCGGUCCCGGCGCAGCAUGCCUACGACUUGCUGGACCGCAUGCACAACGACCCCUCCUUCAACGCCUCCUGGGCCCUCUUCUGGGAGUCGCACCCUGGCCCCGACGAGGUGUUCACUCCAGAGAUAUAUACAGAUGAGCAGCUGGAGAUGCUGCAGACGCCAGAGCUGGAGGAUCUGGCCCGGUAUCAGCGCGACCAGGCCGAGGGGGUGUAUGCCGGGGGGCACGAGGAGCUGCCGCCCUUCAACCAGACGGUGCCAGACGACAAGGUCGGCCUGCAAACCUUCAAGUACGUGGCGUCACUGCUCUGUAGCCGCAUGUUUGGUCUGCCACGCGACGGCAACGACGAGCCGCUCAUCGCCCACCUUUUGCCCGUGGCCGACUUUUUCAACCACAACGACGACCCCAGCGCCUGGCGCACAAGCAACGACACGUGGAUGACGGUGCAUGCCAUCAAGCCCAUCAAGGCGGGCGAGGCCAUCACCUUCAACUACUUCUCAGACGUCAUCCACCGCCCAGACAUGUCCCUCUUCUUCUUCGGCUUUGUGGAGCCCAAGGAGCCGCCGCUGAUGGCGUCUGUGGACCUGCCCACAUUCGAUGAGGACAAGGCCUACGCCGAGACGCCCCCCGACGACUCGAUGUAUGACGACCCCAGCAGCAAGUAUGUGACGCAGGAGGAGUAUGAGCGGUUACAGAAGCGGCUGGCGGCGGCAGCCACCACCCUGGAGCAGGACAAGGCGCUGCUGGGUAGCGGCAUGGUCACAGGCGAGCUGAGGCUGCCCACCCGCCUUCACUUCUUCUCCCGUCUCUGCCCGCUUGGCAUACCAGCAGCCCAUGACUAUCAGGAGCGAGGCAAUGUUCACGCAGUGGUAAGAGAACACAGGGCGAUGGGCAGCGGUACCCUCCGUGCAGCAGUCAGCCUGCUGCUGCUGGUCACACUGGCAGCGGCCUGGCCUUCCAAGGAUGACACUUCCGUUGAAGGAAGGCUGGCGCUAUGGCUGCUGAGCAAGGGCGCCAAGCUGACCGGCUUCAAAAUCGGGCAGGAGUGUCCCACCUGCCUGCGCGGCGUGAUCGCCACCAAAAACUUCGCUCCCAACGAGGUGAUAAUGAAAAUCCCAUUCAAAUCGAUGAUCCGGUUCAACCAGUCCUCGGCGUAUCCCGCUGAGCUGGCGCACGACAUGCUGGACCGCAUGCACAACGAUCCCUCCUUCAACGACACCUUCUCCCUCUUCUGGCAGGCACACCCCGGCCCCGACGAGGUGUUCACUCCGGAGCUGUACACAGAUGAGCAGCUGGAGAUGCUGCAGACGCCCGAGCUGGAGGAGCUGGCGCGCCGGCAGCGGGACGUGACGGAGCAGGUGUUCCUGGGCACCUACGCAUCCGACCCGCCCGCCCCUCCCAUGGCACAGGUCGCCCCCGCCGUCACGCUGGACACCUUCAAGCACGUGGCAAGCCUGAUCAACAGCCGCAGCUUUGGCUUCUACUGCGACGAGCAGGAGCAGGCGAUGUGCACCCACCUGGUGCCGCUGCUGGACCUGGUGAACCAUGAUGAGGAGGCGAAUGCGGAGCGCACCGGGGACGGGCAGGUGGUCACGCUGUCGGCCUCCAGGCACAUCAAGAAGGGGCAGGAGAUCCGCCACAACUACUUCUGGCGCGUCAUCCACCGCCCCGACAUGUCGCUCCUGUACUUUGGGUUUGUGGCGGACCGCGAGGCGCCGCUGCUGGCGUCGGUGGACCUGCCGGGGUACAGCGAGGCCGACCCCUUCUCCGAGACCGCGCCAGAUGACUCCGACUACGACGACCCAAAAGGCAAGUACGUGACGCGGAAGGAGCACAAGCGCCUGGCGGCGCGGCUGGCGGCGGCGGCCACCACCCUGGAGCAGGACGAGGCGCUGCUGGGCAGCGGCGCUGUCACAGGCGAGAGGAGGCGGCUGAACGGCGUCGCCGUGGGGCAGGAGUGCCCCACCUGCAUGCGCGGCGUGCUGGCCACGAAGUCGUUUGAAGACGAUGAUGUCAUCAUGAAGCUUCCCUACUCAGUGAUGAUCGCGUUCAAGGAAGGCUUUGGCUACUCGGCUGAGCUGGCGAGGGAUUGGCUGGACCGCAUGCACAACGAGCCAGGGUUCAACGAGACGUGGCGGCUCUACUGGGAAGGCCUGCCGACUCCCGGGCAUGUGUUCACUCCAGAGGUGCGAGAGCUGCAGCUGUACACAGACCAGCACCUCGACAUGCUGCACACGCCCGAGCUGGAAGAUCUGAUCAGCAGGCACCGCCAGGUGACUGAGGAGGUCUACAGCGGCGCAUGCGAGGGGAGGGCGCCCGCCCCUCCCAUGGCACAGCUCGCCCCGGCAGUCAGCCUGGAUACCUUCAAGCACGUCGCCGGCCUGAUCCACAGCCGGUCGUUUGGGCUGCCCCGGGGCACCAACGGGUCCAGCGUGGGGCACAUGAUCCCGCUGCUGGAUCUGAUCAACCACUCGGAUGAGCCCAACUCCUGGUGGCACACAGAUACUGUUGAGACGGCACAGAACUGGGGGACAGCUGCCAUUCACUGGAGGCGCCGCCUGCCCGCGACCGAGGGGGCAGCUGCUACUAUCAGCAGGCCUGAGCAGGCCUCCUAA